AUGGCGUAUAAAGGUUCCAAAGCGGUCGAGAGAGAGCUCGUUAGCAUUCUCAACUCGCCGCAAAAUUUAAAUAAAUGUGGUGAGUGCGGAGCAGCAUUUCCUUCGUGGUGUUCGGUAAGCUUGGGUGUUUUCCUUUGUGGAAGAUGUGCCUCUGUGCACAGAAAAGUGCUGGGCGGACGCGAUGAUAGCUCAUAUUCAGACGUGAGGUCGCUCACAAUGGAUCGGUGGUCAAAUGCGGAUUUGGACGACCUUAGCCACACGGGUGGUAACAAGCGAAACAAGCAGCUAUGGAACGCGGUAAACGAGCAUUUCCCCUUUGAUGGAGAUGAGGACAAAUCUGCCGUGGAGAGGUUUAUUCGAGACAAAUACGUCUUGCGCAAAUUUCGCAGGGACAGCAAUGGCUAUACUUCGGACAACGAAACCAGAAGGUCCAAUUCUAGGUCCAGGUCUGGGACCUCUAGAAGUGGCUCCAGCCAAAAAAGCUAUAGUAACAGGCCUUCUACGCAGUCUACUGCUCCUGCAAAAGCCAGCAACCCGGCGCUGCCAAAAAGGCCUGCUUCGCACGCUGGACCACGAAAUGCUGUUUUCGACGGCCUGGAAAAUUCCAUGACGGGAGUGCAAUCCUCUGCAACGUUCAACAACACCAACAACUACGCACAACAGUAUAUGGAUCCUACUACAGGCGUCAUUUACGUGAGCCAACCUCAGCAACAGCAGGCUCAACAGCAGGCUCAACAGCAGGCUCAACAGCAGGCUCAACAGCAGGCUCUCUACCAACAGCAAUUGCAGCAACAGGCGCUGUACGAACAGCAGGCUCUCCAACAGCAACAGAUGCUUCUCCAACAGCAGCAACUACAAUCCCAAGCAGACAAAAAUGCUUUACUUUCGCUAUACCAACGCCCGGACCUUUACAGCAGUGCUGUCGAGAUCAAUCCCUCACACCCGCAGUACCAGCAGCUUCUGCAAAUGCAGCAGCAGCAGCAGCAGCAACAACAACAACUACAACUACAGCUACAACUCCAACAGCAACAGCAACAGCAACAGCAACAGCAGGGCGUACCGGGAUACUACUACGGGGUAUAG